CAAAGAGGAGAAAGCUUCGGAACUUGCAAUUCCCUUCUUGCUUCCUCUCCUCAACAUAUACCCACAACGGAAUUACCAAGCGGAAGACCUUCUCUUAUAUUUAAUCUCGUUGUCUCUCUUUUUGAGCUUCUUCUCCCUCUCUCUGUAGUCGGUAGCUAAUAAAUGGCGGCGUCUCAAGGCAGUCUUCUCCUCCAAAAGCAGCUCAAAGAUCUCUGCAAGAAACCCGUUGAUGGAUUCUCUGCGGGUUUAGUCGAUGAGAACAAUGUAUUUGAAUGGAGUGUUUCAAUUAUGGGACCCCCUGAUACCUUAUACGAAGGUGGGUUCUUUAGUGCCAUCAUGAGCUUUCCACAGAACUAUCCCAUCAGUCCUCCAACUGUAAGAUUCACUACAGAGGUGUGGCACCCAAAUGUUUACCCAGAUGGAAAGGUUUGCAUAUCAAUUCUUCAUCCACCUGGCGAUGACCCAAAUGGCUAUGAGCUUGCGACUGAGCGAUGGAGUCCAGUCCACACAGUCGAAAGCAUUGUUUUGAGCAUCAUAUCAAUGCUUUCAAGUCCUAACGAUGAGUCUCCUGCCAAUGUUGACGCUGCGAAACAAUGGAGAGAUAGCAAGGAGGAGUUCAGGAAGAGAGUGAGUCGAUGCGUGAGAAAAUCUCAGGAAAUGUUGUGAUCUGAUGAACUGCUGCAUUGCUUGCUGCUGAACAUCUUCAAUCAAGAGAGGGAGUGGUGGCCAUCAACCAUAUAGUGAAUCAUGUAAAAUUCUAUUAACUUUUUGUUAUCAAUCCAUUAUAACCUUAAUCCUUUUUGCUCAUCUUUGAGCAAUAAGUGUUAGUAUGAACUUGAAUGAACCUAAAUUGGUUUCCUCAAAACUUGAAAGAGUUUUAAAUAAUAGGUAUUCUUCUUCUUC